CCAUCGGUCGAACGAAGGAAUAAACACGAGAAGAACCAUCGCGUGCCUUUUUUUAACCAAGAAGGAUUCACUAAUCCGAAUGUGACAUUAGCAUUAUAACAAUGAAUAUAGUUAGAAGAGCAGCAUUUAUCUGUUGGCGACAAGGGACCACAGAAUUGUUUCAUCCCACAACAUAUCAAGUCCAGCAAAGAUGGCAAAAUAUAUGCUGCUUAAAUAGAGUUCUAAAUGUAGCUCCAUCACAAUGUUUCCACACUGGUGCAACCAGUUUACAAAGGAGGAGAUGGGAGAAAAAGAACAAUGUUAAAUAUCCACCACAGAAGCCAGGAGAGCCCCCUAGGAUGGCUGAAGUUUAUCAUUGUAGGAGACAAAUAAAAUACAGCAAGGAUAAGAUGUGGUACAUAGCAACAUUUAUCAAAGGUAUGAUGAUAGACGAAGCGCUGAUGCAGUUGGACCACAUUAACAUGAAGGGUGCCAAGAUAGCCAAAGAGGUUUUACUAGAAGCUCAGGAUAUGGCAGUGAAAGAGCAUAAUGUUGAGUUUAGAUCAAAUCUUCACAUCGCUGAAUCUUUUUCAAGUAAAGGUGAUUAUGAAAAGGCCAUUAGGAUACAUGCAAAGGGUCGUUAUGGUAUCAUGGAUAUCAACUACUCGCACUACUAUGUUUGCCUCAAGGAAGGGCCUCCCCCUAAGGAGGUGGUUGUCACUGGAUAUGACCAAGCCAAGGAGUAUGUUGAUGGCCUGCGUAACAGGACUAUAAUACAUGGAUUGUAAUGUUGGUAUAGCAGCAGCAGCACCUGACAAAACUGUAAAACAGAUACAAAUAUGAGUUGCUUGGGCAUGAUACUACUGGAAUUGGCAACAAAUAAGGAUGAAGAACAGUGGGUUUUAAUAGGUGUGGAGAUAAACUCCUUUUGGUACAAUGACUUUCAUGCAGGGUUUGUACUCAUCAUGGAAAAUUUGAAUUAAAACAAAUAAAAUAUUAAAACAUUCUUUCAUUCCGAUCUGCAAUCACGUUUUGUGUGUCUAGAAAUGCUAUGGGAAAUGUUUGUUACCAUAGGUUCAAAAUCUCCCACAUGAAUAAAAUAUACAAACAGUACUGGGUAAAGACAAUCUUUAUUUCUUGCUUCAACAAGGUAUCCAUUCGUAGAAGUCUUAUGAAGAUAAGCCUAUCCAAUAGUGACAUUAAAGAUUCGGGACCAGGAUAUACAGUAACUCCGACUUUAAAUUGACAAAGAGAGAAAAAAAUGUACAGGUAUUUAAAGGCAUACCAAUUCUCCCAUGACUUGUUCAGAUAGUGUUAUGUGGGGUUGUGUAUAAAUCAAGUAAAGUCUGCAUAUACCCAUGGAGGUGGUAUACUUGCUUUUAAAAUGAACUGGUGUUAUUCUUGAUGAUCAGAUCAUAACUAGCUAAUACAAACAGUAAUCAUUAACAGGUAUAGUUUAUAAAAGAGUUAAAAGAAUAUCUGUAAAAUUCAGUCUGAAGUCGUAUCUACUGUUACUGUACUUUAUUGUUAUAAGAUGUAUGUUGGAUUAAACAAGGUUUUUGAAGAUCUUCAAUCCA